AUGCCACUAAUGCCACUAGACAAUGAGGGCGGUCACUCACACGUUGUUCCGUGCAUGACUGACUACUGUAUGUGUACGUGGUGUGUGGAUGUUUUGUACGCAGCGAGCUGGACGGUGAAUUGA